GAUGUCUGCCGGUGCGUCGGCAGCUAAGCCUGGCGGAUCUUUUCAAGCGGUGGUUCGGCGGAUGGCGCAAGCCCGGCAAGCAGAACAAUAAACGGCCGCCCAUUCGCGUCCUCCCAGGCAACAAGACUCUGGGGCUGAACUCACUCCGGCGCAUGACGCUUAACUCGCGCGCGCAGUUCAACCCCGUGUCGCGCUACCUCACGACCAACCUCGACUUCGACCCCACCACCGGCGCGCCUGUGUGGGACGUAGUAGGCUCCUUCGGCGUCGCGUCGCAGUACGCGGACCCUCCGGACCAGGGCCUAUGCAGCACGUGCUGGGCGUUCGCCGUGGCGGGCGCCGUGGAGGGCGCGUACUACGCGUUCACGAACGCGCUGCCGGCGCGCACGACGCUGUCGGUGCAGCAGCUUCUGGACUGCACGGCCGGCAGCUGCUGGGGCGGGUAUCCCGAGGACGCGCUGCAGUACAUCGCGCAGAGCCGACUGGGGACGAACGCGGAGUACUCGUAUAGCGCCAUGGAGGGCACGUGCCUUGCUAGCUCCAUCGUGCGCGGCGAGACGGUGCGCAUCACGCUGUACGAGCAGGUGCCGCUGCCGGGCGCGCUGGGGCUCAUGCUCGUGGUGCAGACGCAGCCCGUGAUCGUCACCAUCCGGGCCUCGCACCCUACCUUCGUUGAAUAUGAGGGCGGGAUAUACAGCGACGACGAGUGCUUCGACCCGGACAACCCCGAGCUAGACCACGUGGUGCUCGUCGUGGGGUACCACUACAGCGGCCCCUCCGCACCAGAUAAUUACUUCCUCAUCCGCAACAGCUGGGGCGUGUCGUGGGGCGAGGGCGGGUACAUGCGCAUCGGCAUGAGCUUCAAAUACGGCGGCAUGUGCGGCAUGACGUACCAGCUCGGCCUGUAUCCUGUCAUUGACCCAACGACGCGUGCAAGCUCGUGCAUCGCUAGCUGCGGCGGAGGCACGUGCGAGAUGCUGGCGGACCGGAACACCAGCACGGGCAGCACAGGUAGCACAGGCAGCACCGGUGGCACGGGCAGCACGGGCACAACUGGGAGCACCGGCACUGCUGGUACGGCUGGCACGGCUUCCACUGCUGCUGCUGCGACUAUGUUCUCUGUAGCCAGUACGGCAGGAGACGAGGGAGUGGACGAGAACGACGACCAGGGCCUCGCAUCCGUCGCUCCCUAUUCCUCCUACUCGACAUCGCCGCGGCCUCGCUCCGCGCGGCAGGUGACUGCGCGGAACAACGUGGAGUUUGCGCGCACGCGGCUGCGCCAGUGGAUGAGCAAGGCGGGCAGCGGGGCUAAGCCGGGCGGAGGAGGCGCAGGGAGAAUCUCUACCGCGGCUGCAGGUGGAGGAAGAGGGGUGGGCGCAGGAGCAGCAGCAGGAGCAGGAUCAGGAGGGGGAGGGCAAGGGCUAAGGAACGGCAACGGUGGCUCUGGGUCGAAUAACGGGAGGGGGCCGUCGACGACUGUAGGAGCGGGGCUUUUGGGUUCCAAGUCAGAUGGAUUGGAAACGGUUGUGGUGAGUGGGAAUGGGAAUGGGAAUGGAAACGGGAAUGGGAAUGGGAGUGGCGGGAGCACUGGUGUGACCACGACGGGGAGCGUUACAGGAAGCACGAGCACGGCUACGGGCCCGGUGGCUGGGAGCACGCAGACGACUGGCACGACUGGAAGCACGGGAAGCACUGGGACGACCGGGAGCAGUACAGGCACCGGCGGCAGCACUGGCGCCGGCAGCACUGGCACCAGCAGCACCAGCGGCAGCACUAGCACCAGCGGCGAUACUAGCACCAGUGGCACCAGCAGCUCUGGAGCGGUAAGUACGGAUAGCACAGGGAGCAGCAGCAGUGGUGGAAGCACAGGCAGCACGGGAAGCACUGACGGCAAAGGAAGCAGUGGCGCCGUUGGUAGCACUCGCACUGAUGGGACGGUGGGCAGCAGCGGCAGUACGGCGACUGCCACUAGCAGCACGGGAAGCACAAGCAGUAGCGGGAGUGGGACUGACAGUGCAGGUAGCACCGGCAGCAGUGGCAGCAGUGGGAACACUCAGAGCACCGGCGGCAGUGGCAGCACAGCAACUUUUGUGAGCGAUGGUGGCAGUGGCAGUGGUGGCAGCACUGCAAGCGGUGGCAGCAGUGGUAGUGCUGGCAACACAGGAGCAACGGAAAGCGCUGGCAGCACCGUUAGUAGUGGCAGCAGUAGCAGUGCGGGUACUAGCAGCGGUGGUGAUUCGAAGAGUACUGGCAGCACUGGGAACAGUGAGAGUGCCGGCAGCAGUGGCAGCAGCAGCGGCACAGGCUCGACAGGAGAAGUCAGUUCUACAGGCGGGGGAGACAGUGGUAAUACGGGUAAUCUGGGCAGCACCGGCAGCACUGUUUCCGGUAGCAGCGCCACCGACAGCAGUGGCAGCACGAGCGGCAAAGGAAGCGGAAAGGGCUCGGAUAACAAGGGUAACACGGACACCAGCGGCGGCACUGGUGGCACUGUCAGCACCGGCAGCACUGUUUCUAGUGGCAGCGUUACUGACAGCACUGGCAGCGCCACUGACAGCAGUGGGACGACGAGCAGCACAGGAAGCGGAAAAGGCUCGGAUACCAAGGGUAACACUGACACCGGUGGCAGCACUGUCAACACUGACAGCACCGGGAAUCCUGGGAAUGGGGAUAAAGCGACUGGUGCGGACGUCACGGGCAGCUCUGAGAGUUCUGGUAGCACGAGCAGUACAGGCAGCACGGGCAGCACAGGCAGCACAGUCGGUGAUAUGUAUCUUGGCUGGAACGCGAACAACAGUGAAACCUCCGGCUUUGGCGUCAGUGAGAGCACGGCUAGUGCAGGCAGCACUAGCAGUGACAGCACUGGUAGCACUGGUAACACUGGUAGCACUGGCAGCACUGGGGGCUUUGUAGGACCGAGGGGUGCUGGGAGUAUACCGGGGAGUGCGGGCGGUGGGGGUUCUGACAGCAAUGGAAACACAAACAGUCAGGGGAAUACAGGUACUCAGGGCAACACAAAAACUGAAGGGAAUACAAACGUUCAGGGUAAUACAGGGUCUCAGGGGAACACGAACACCCAAGGGACAGACGUUCAGGGCAAUACAAGCAAUGAAGGGAAUACCAACGUUCAGGGGAAUACAGGGUCCCAGGGAAAUACAAAGAGUGAAGGCAAUACGAACAGUCAGGGGAGCUCAGGGUCUCAGAGCAACACAAACACCCAAGGCAGCUCAGGAAAUUCAGGCAACACCGCAAGCAACGGGAAAACCGGAAGCAGCGGCAAUACCGGCAACACGGGGAACACUGGCAGUGGCGGUGGUAGCAGCGGCGGAGGGGGGGGUUCGUCUUCCCUGGUUGGGGGAACCAGCGCGGGCGGGAGCGGGGGCUCAACAGGCUCUGUCAGGAAGUCCCCGCCGAGAUCCAAGUCACCGCCGCCGCCGCGGGGCCCGGGGGCGGGCGUGGCUCCGUAUUUCGAGCAGAUUGACCCGUGCAAGCCGCCAGAGCCGCUGCCGACGUAUGGCGGGUACCAGUGCGUGUGCGCGAAUGGGCUUACUGUGGUGAACAACAAGGACGGCAGCCAGGCAUGCGUGCUCGAGGACGUGUGUGGCGUGUUCAAGAUGAACCCGUGUGGCAAGGGCACGUGCAUGAACGUGGGCGAUGGCACGUACACCUGUGUGUGCCCCACUGACUUUGUCCUCAGCCAGUACAGCUCCGGAGCCACCACCUGCAUCCCCAGGGCAACGGGCCCUGUGACGACGUACGUGACGCAGGCGGGCGACUCGUGCUACGCCAUCUACUCCAUGUUCGGCCUCACCCACUCCGACUUCCUCGACCAGAACGAGGGCGUGGACUGUACCAAUCUGCAGCCAGGCAUCCUCCUCAACGUCUCUGCUCCUAACCCCACGCUCGUCUGCAUCACACAUUACCCCAUCUCCGCAGCGGACAGCCUAGCAACGGACUGCACCGCUCUGGAGGCCAAGUUCGGAGUCAACCUCACAGACCUCAACCCAGGCCUCAACUGCGCUCAGCUCAUUCCUGGACAGCAGGUGUGUCUGGAGCGAGCAGUGAACGUGGAUGGCGCGAGCAACUACCAGCUGUGCACAGAGUACCACGGCAUUGCAGCGGGCGACACGUGUGCCAGCAUCAUCGCUGCUGCGUCCAUCUCCUGGCUCACGCUCUACCGCCUCAACCCGGGUCUGCUCUGCGACAACCUCAACCCGCUCAUGCAGCAAGAGGUGUGUGUGGCGGGGGUGCCUCUCGGCGCGGUGGCGUGUGGCUCAGUGCGGUCGCGCGCGAUCCGCAACAUCAAGUACACGGUGCAGCUGGGUGACACGUGCGGGUCACUCAUCCUCAACAAUUUCAAGCGCAACGCCACGCUCGUGCCCAUGCUCAACCGCGGAUGGAUCUGCCGUCCCAACAACCUCUUCCGGGGCAUGCCCCUCUGCCUUAUGCCUCUCUACAGUCCCAACAGCACCUGCUCUGCUCCCUCCUCCGCUUUAACCCUCCCCCAAUUCCAGCUGCUUCUUCGUCCUUCCACCCUUACUUCGGCCCUCGCUCUCUCAGUACUCUACCUCAGUCCCUCCCUGACCUGUCUCUGGUUCGUCCCACCCCAUCCCUGUGAUUACCUCCUCCUGCUUCCCCUUGCCACUCCCACGAACGGAAUGCACGAGGAUGCAUGCCCAGUGCAAAAGCUUCAACAGCAGCCCAUGCCCUAG